GUUGGGAGGAGACGGCUCGACGUCUAGGCUCGCGGCAACUUAGCUCUCCGUAGAGCGCCCUUCCUCGGGCGCUCGGAAAGUGUGGGCGGCUUCUGGCUGCAGGCCCCGCAAGGAGGUGUAUCCAGGCGGCUCGAGAACGACCCCGGGCGCCCAAGCGUCACCUUCGUCACCCACCCUGCGCCAUGUCCUGGAUGUUCAAGAGAGAUCCUGUUUGGAAGUACUUGCAGACUGCCCAAUAUGGUGGAGUCCAUGGAAAUUUUUCACGCCUCUCAUAUCCAACUUUCUUUCCCCGUUUUGAAUUCCAAGAUAUUAUCCCUCCAGACGACUUCCUAACUAGUGAUGAAGAGUUAGAUUCAGUUUUAUUUGGAACUUUGAGAGGCCAUGUUGUUGGACUACGCUAUUACACCGGAGUAGUUAAUAAUAAUGAAAUGGUUGCAUUACAACGAGACCCCAAUAACUCCUAUGAUAAGAAUGCAAUUAAAGUAAACAAUGUGAAUGGAAAUCAAGUUGGCCAUUUAAAGAAAGAUCUUGCAGCUGCUUUGGCCUAUAUUAUGGACAACAAAUUGGCACAAGUGGAAGGGGUAGUCCCUUUUGGUGCAAACAACGCUUUUACCAUGCCUCUGCAUAUGACUCUUUGGGGAAAAGAAGAAAAUAGAAAAGUGGUUUUAGAUCAGUUGAAAAAACAUGGAUUUAAAUUGGGUCCUGCACCAAAAACUUUUGGAUUCAGUUUGGAAAGUGGUUGGGGCUCUGGAAGAGCUGGGCCAAGCUAUAGUAUGCCAGUUCAUGCUGCAGUACAGCUGACAACUGAACAGCUUAAAACAGAAUUUGACAAAUUGUUUGAAGAUCUGAAAGAAGAUGAUAAAACUCAUGAAAUGGAACCAGCUGAGGCUAUUGAAACAUCAUUGCUCCCACAUCAAAAACAAGCUCUAGCUUGGAUGAUUUCCCGGGAAAACAGUAAAGAACUUCCACCAUUCUGGGAACAGCGAAGUGACUUAUACUAUAACACAAUAACAAAUUUUUCUGAGAAGGAUCGACCAGAAAAUGUCCAUGGAGGAAUUUUAGCUGAUGAUAUGGGUUUGGGCAAAACUCUUACAGCCAUUGCAGUAAUUCUUACCAACUUCCAUGGUGGUAAACCUCUUCCUGUUGAAAGAAUUAAAAAAAAUCAACUGAAGAAGGAAUGUAAUAUUAACAGUGGAUCUAUGAAAUUGGGAAGAAACAAUACCAGUGAAAAGACAGAUGAACUAACCAAAGGAUCUAGGUGUAGCGGAGAACCCAGUAUUUCAGAUGUCAAAAGAAAGAGUAAAUAUACCAAGUCAGAAUUGUCUAGUUCCUGCUCCAAAAGAAUAAAAACUGCUGUCCAGUAUACUGAAAGCAGCGAUUCAGAGGAAAUCGAAACUAGUGAAUUGCCACAGAAAGUGAAAGGCAAACUGAGAACUGCACAAUCAGAAAGUAAAAGCAGAAUUAAAGGAGCAUCUGCAUUGGAGGGUUCAAAGAAAACUGAUGUAGAGAGACCAAGAACAACACUGAUCAUCUGUCCACUUUCUGUGUUAAGCAACUGGAUUGACCAGUUUGGACAACAUAUAAAAUCAGAUGUGCACUUGAAUUUUUAUGUUUAUUAUGGUCCUGAUCGUAUUAGAGACCCGGCUUUGCUUUCAAAACAGGAUAUUGUUUUGACUACUUACAAUAUUUUAACUCAUGACUAUGGAAUGAAAGGUGAUAGUCCAUUACAUAGCAUAAGGUGGCUAAGAGUGAUCCUGGAUGAAGGACAUGCCAUACGAAAUCCAAAUGCUCAGCAGACUAAAGCUGUACUUCAUUUAGAAGCAGAAAGAAAAUGGGUAUUGACAGGUACUCCAAUUCAGAAUUCUUUAAAGGACUUGUGGUCUCUUCUUUCCUUUUUAAAACUAAAACCAUUCCUUGAUAGAGAGUGGUGGCAUAGAACAAUACAGCGACCUGUCACAAUGGGAGAUGAAGGAGGACUUAGGCGUUUACAGUCCCUAAUUAAAAAUAUUACACUUAGAAGAACCAAGACAAGCAAAGUUAAAGGAAAACCUGUUUUGGAGUUGCCAGAACGUAAAGUAUUUAUUCAGCAUAUUACACUUUCAGAUGAAGAGAGAAAGAUUUAUCAGUCUGUGAAAAAUGAAGGCAGAGACACUAUUGGAAGGUAUUUUAAUGAAGGGACUGUCCUUGCUCACUAUGCAGAUGUCCUGGGUCUUCUGCUCAGAUUGCGGCAGAUCUGUUGUCAUGCUCACCUUCUUACCAAUGCAGUGUCUUCUAGUGUUCCCUCAGCCUUUUCUCUAGGAAAUGAUACACCUGAAGAACUACAAAAAAAGUUAAUAAGAAAGAUGAAGUUAAUUCUGAGCUCAGGUUCCGAUGAAGAAUGUGCAAUUUGCUUGGAUUCAUUAACAGUUCCUGUCAUAACACACUGUGCACACGUCUUCUGUAAACCCUGUAUUUGCCAAGUCAUCCAGAAUGAGCAGCCACAUGCUAAAUGCCCUUUAUGCAGAAAUGAUAUACAUGGAGACAAUUUAUUAGAGUGUCCUCCAGAAGAACUGACAUGUGAUACUGAGAAAAAGUCUAACAUGGAAUGGACAUCUAGCUCGAAGAUCAAUGCCUUAAUGCACGCAUUGAUUGACUUAAGAAAGAAGAACCCCAACAUAAAGAGUUUAGUUGUUUCUCAGUUUACAACGUUUCUGUCUUUAAUAGAAACACCACUCAGAGCCUCUGGAUUUGUGUUUACUCGUUUGGAUGGUUCAAUGGCCCAAAAGAAAAGAGUUGAAUCAAUUCAGUGUUUUCAAAACACUGAGGCAGGAUCUCCAACUAUAAUGCUUCUAUCCUUAAAAGCAGGUGGAGUUGGUUUGAAUCUUUCUGCAGCUUCUCGAGUGUUUUUAAUGGACCCAGCCUGGAAUCCAGCUGCUGAAGAUCAGUGCUUUGACAGAUGCCAUAGACUUGGCCAGAAGCAAGAAGUCAUCAUCACAAAAUUUAUUGUGAAGGACUCUGUUGAAGAAAAUAUGCUGAAAAUACAAAAUACAAAGAGAGAACUUGCAGCUGGAGCCUUUGGAACAAAAAAAACAAAUGCCAGUGAAGUGAAACAAGCUAAAAUUAAUGAAAUCAAAACUUUAAUUGAUUUAUAAUUUGUGGGAUUUUGGUAAGAUUGGUUUGAUCAGAUAUAUAGUUGUUUUAGAAAUGAGAAAAAUACAGUUUUAGAAAUGAGAUCUCGUGAAUAUAUCUUCUAGAAGGGGCAUGGUUUUUUGUCAGUGAAGUAGUAUUACUGAUACAUAAUCUCUUCUAUAUAUGAACCUAUAUUUUAAUGAUAUUUCAAAUAGCAGUAAGUUCUGUUAUAUACUGUGGCCUAAAAGAAUUUUUUUGAGAAAUAAAGUUACUUUGUUAUUGAAGUUUUCAUAGUAUCUCUGCUGAGUAUUUUCAUAUAUCUUGCAAGUACUCAGCUUUUUCAUAUUUCAAAUAAGGUAAAACCUUUUAUACUUUUGACCAAAUAAAGAAUUAUUUUCUAUGUUGGACACAUUUGGUUUUCCAUCAAUCCUCCUGUUUGUGAUGCCAAUGGAUUCAAUAGUCCUUGUAAGCUAUGCAUAUAUACACAGUCUAUAGAAAAGAUUUGUUUUAUUGGACUUUCAAAGACCAUAUUUGCAUUCCAGAACCAAACCUUAAAAUGAGAGACCAAAGUCCAAGUUAGUAAUUUACUUAUAAUUUUUUUUUUUUACAGUUUCAUUGAGAUAUAAUUCAU